GUCUCUAGGAAGGCCGCGUGUAGUCUAGAUGUCUCUGCCCGAGUCCCCGUUCAGCUGCCUUUGCCUCCAUCUCCUUUUCUCUCUGAGCUCGGCUCUGCUUUUCCCUUCUUACUGGUUUAUCGAUCGUCUCUUGUCCUGCGCGGUCUUCACCAGCGUAGAGCGCUCCCGCGGUCUGGGCCCGAGGCUCCUCUGCCUGCUCCUCGGGGUCCCGUUGUUCCUGCUGCUCUUCCUCCUUUCUCUCCCGCUGGGUUUCUUCGGUUUCCUGUUUUGGGCCCCCCUGCACUGCGCUCGCCGUCCUUUCUCUUAUCAGAACUCCGUGAAGACUGCCGACCUCCCGGAGAAGAUACUUAGCGGCGACCGUUCCUUCACCUUCAUCAGCGCCAACCUCUGCCUCCUGCCGGACGGCUUGGCGCGUUUCAGCAACCUGCGCCACUCGCAGCGCCGCAGCGCCGCCAUCUCCCGCCUCCUGUGCUCCGCUCCGGAACCCGCCGGGAAUAACUGUGAGGACACGGUGCCGAUAUGUGGCACGGAAGACGUCGUGCCGAUGAUCGAGAUGCCUUGUAAGACGGGAGAGGAGGAAGACGCGCCAUUCGAGGUGUCCGUCACUUUCCCCAAAAAUGCUGACUUUGUGUGCCUGCAGGAAGUGUUCGAUGGACGAGCUUCACGCAAACUGCGCCGCUGCCUCGGGACAACUUUUCCCCACAUUUUGUAUGAUGUCGGGCCCUCGGGACCUCGUGGUUGUGGUUUUAGGUUCUUCAAUAGUGGAUUAUUUUUGGCCAGUCGGCACCAGUUCACAGCAGCCAAGUAUUACUUCUACCCGAACGCUCGCGGGGAGGACGCCAUGGCUUCCAAAGGGCUCCUUUGUGUCAAGGUUCACGUUGGAAUGACGAAGCAGAAGCAAAGAAUUGUGGGAUAUAUAAAUUGCACGCAUUUACAUGCACCAGAGAGUGAUGCGGUCAUCCGCUGCGAUCAGAUGUCUUUGCUCCUGCGCUGGGUUUUGGACUUCCAGUCACAAUACUGUGAAGAUGGAGAUCUGGUUGCCUUUGACAUCCUUUGUGGAGACUUGAACUUUGACAAUUGUUCCACGGAUGACUGCAUGGAGCAAAAACAUCAGCUGUUCUCUGUGUAUAAGGAUGCAUGUAGAGACACUGCCGGCCAGGACAGAUUGGGAACAGUUGGCACCCUCCUCAGAGCGGACUCUCUCUACCACGAGGCAGUCAACACCCCGGCCAGUCUAAAGAGGACUCUGGAUUCAGAGGCGGAACGGAAGUUGUACGUGGCACCGCCUCUUCCUGAAGGCAUCGAUGGGACUGGUGCUCACUGGACGGGGCGGAGGAUAGACUAUAUCCUGUACAGGGAAUCCGAUUCUCUACUUUCUCUGGCUGUGAACAAGUUCCAGUUCAUCACACAACUGGCCGGACUGUCGGAUCAUGUUCCGGUCUCUAUGCACUUCUCAGUCUCGCUGCCAGAGGGCUCCUCCUUGUGAAGAACCGCACUCCUAUACCUCGCUGACCCGCCUGACCUGAUGUACUGCACAUGUGACCGGUUCACUAAGCCCACAUUUUGUAAAUGGCUUG